CAUAGAAUACGUUAGGUAAACUAUGGGGACUGUUUAGUAGUCGACGUAAUUAUUUCUGAGACUGAAGCAAGUUUUCCAACAGCGCAAUGAUUGAUUUUUAAAACGGAAGCUACUACAGUACGGUUAGGCAUUGUACAUUCUCGGGCAAACAGUCAGAUGGAUAACUUUCAUAUGUUUAGAUGAUCGCUGCUUGACAAAUCUUUGUCAAACAGGGAGAAAACAGCCUCAAGUGUUGAGCAUUUUAAAACAGAAACCCGUUGUUCUCCUUUAAGAUAAUCGAAAUACCACUUACCCGACUUUUGAAUCGCCAAGACGAAAGCACCGAAAAUCUACUUAAAAGAAUACUGGCAUCACCGACAAAAAACUACAGGGAUUUCAUCAAACAGAGAAUGGAAAAUAAUGCUGUUUUAUUGGAAUCCAAGUUCUCGCCUAAAAACCUGCUGAAUGAAAUGCAUCAGCUGCGACUUUCAGGACUAUUUUGUGAUGUGACUGUAUAUGUUGAGCAUCAGGGUAUUGCAGAAUGCUUUUUAGCACACAAAGCUGUGCUAGCUGCAACUAGCAAGUAUUUCAAAGAGGUAUUUCUUAAUGAGCAAAAUAGUAGCACUUUACAAACUGUAGUUUGUUUGAAAGAGGUCCCAGCAGCAGACUUUGCAUCAUUUUUAGAAUUUGUGUAUACUGCAAAAGUAGAAGUCGAGGAAGAAAGAGUACAAAGAAUGCUGGAGACAUCCGAGAAACUUAAAUGUUUAGACCUUUCAGAAACUUGUUUUCAGGUGAAAAGGCACAUGAUUGAAUCUGUCUUGCUAGAACUGCAAAACUUCUCUGAGCCAUCUGAAACCAGUAUAGGUUGUUGCCCUCAACAGAUGUGCUCUUUGAAAGAGUCUGCAACAACUACAGAUGAACUUGUUUGUAUAACUACAGAUAUUCCCUCAGAGUCUGUAGAAUGUGUGACAGAGGACAUUAGUGAUGGAGUAUUAAUUCAGCAAAACACAUCUAAAACUGCAAAAUGGAAGCAUAAACUACAGAAGAAAAAGGAAGCAUUGAAGCCAUCUUAUGGUAAGAAUAGAAGGGUCAGUGGGAGAUUAACAGGACGCAGGGUCUUUGUGGAAACUCCGAAGAAAAAGUACACUCGAAGAUUUAGGGAGCAACAGAAAAAUGCAGAAAACAUUGGUAUUGUGGGUAACGUUCAAAACCAGGACACUGACAGCAUUAAAACAGAAGAAGAGCAGAUGAACUCUCAUGUGAGCAGUGAUAACAAAAAAGACUCUAGCAGCACAUACAAGGAUGAAGAUGAAGACAGUGAUUUAGAAUUAGAUGAAGGAUGUAAAAUGUCACCUGAAGAUAGUAAGCAGAAAAGGGAAAGAAGUGGGGAUUUUAAAUGCAGUCAAUGUGAAAGGGAGUUCCUCUAUGAAAAGAGCUUUCUGAAGCACAUAAAAAAGCAUCGUGGCAUUACUGCAGAAGUUGUGUACCGUUGUGAUACCUGCAGUCAAACAUUUGCUAAUCGCUGCAACUUGAAAAGCCAUCAGCGCCAUGUGCACAGUAGUGAGCGCCUUUUUCCAUGCGAUAUUUGUGGAAAGAAGUUCAAAAGGAAGAAAGAUGUAAAAAGGCACAUGCUUCAAGUGCAUGAGGGAGGAGCAGAACGACAUGUCUGUGUACAGUGUGGGAAGGGUCUGAGUUCUAAAACUGCUUUAAGGCUGCAUGAAAGGACUCACACUGGUGAUAAACCUUAUGAAUGUGGGUUAUGUGAAGGCAAGUUUUCUCAACCGUCUGCACUCAAAAUUCAUAUGCGAAUUCACACUGGAGAAAAACCAUUUGCCUGUGAAGAGUGUGGAGCACGAUUUACUCAAAACCAUAUGCUGGUAUAUCACAAAAGGUGUCAUACAGGGGAACGACCAUUUAUGUGUGAAACCUGUGGCAAAAGUUUUGCAUCAAAGGAAUACUUAAAACAUCACAACAGAAUUCAUACAGGCUCAAAACCUUUCAAAUGUGAUAUCUGCACAAGAACGUUUGCACAAAGAAAUUCGCUUUAUCAACACAUUAAAGUUCAUACAGGUGAGCGACCUUACUGCUGUGAUCAGUGUGGUAAACAAUUUACCCAGCUUAAUGCUUUGCAACGGCAUCAUCGUAUUCACACUGGAGAGAAGCCGUUUAUGUGCAAUGCAUGUGGAAGAACAUUUACAGACAAGUCAACACUCCGGCGUCACACUUCUAUUCAUGACAAAAAUGCAUCCUGGAAGUCAUUCCUUGUAAUUGUGGAUGGAGCAUCCAGACAGGAGGACUAUUUUAAGGGGGAAGAACAUGCGUUACCUACAACACAAGAAAAGCCACCAUCUUGUUCAGACACCUAUAACAGCUUAUCAACUGUCUCUGAAAUUGUGACCACAGUACAGGAAAAUGAUUCUAAGAUAGAUGGUACUGUUUUGCAAGAAACAUUUAUUUCUACUACAUUAAAUCAUCUUCCAGACCUUCAGACAGCUACAGACUCCAUCCAGCCUCAUCUUCAGACUAUGGUAAAUGUUGAGGAUGUUGAACACUGUGGUGAAUCAUGAGCGACAGGCGGCAUAGUCACUGUGGAAAAAACAAUGUAAUGAUGACAUCUGCUGGCAACUCUGCAUAAUGCUUGUGGAGCAGUAUUGAUAAAGUCUGUUUGAGCAUUAGCUUCCAUUCACUGUGUAGUGAAUUGAUAAUGUUGAGCAGGGUGUGGAACAACCACUAAAACUGUUUCUUCACCUGAGAUGCCACACAGGUUGUCUUCCCUUGUCUCUGUAAAACAGACUUGCCAGCAUGUAGUCAUUCCUCUGUCCCACGUACACAAAUUCACAGUUUAAACUGGAAUUUAAUUUUCUUGCUACCACACAGCAGUCUUAAUAUUUUAAAUGGCUAAUGUCAUCUUUUUGAUAAAUUAUUGUAGAACUAUAAAAAUAUUGCCAAAAAUAUUGCCUAUAGCCAUUGGUACUAUUGCAGUUCAUUUGUUAAAUGCUUAAGUGAAGUAAGAUAGGCAGUUAAAGUUUUUGAAGUAAAGAUAAUCAUAACAAUCAAAUCCACACUGGGGUACCUGCUUUGUGUCUGCAUAUUCAGCAUAGACCUGAAAAUGUAAAUGUCAGAAACAGGAGUUUGCCUAUUUUUAGCGCGCAUGUAAGACCAUUUUCUAAAAUGGUGUUAUUUGCCAUAAAACCCAUGUGCCACAACACCCUAAUUUGCUUAGUUUGAAGUCUGUAGCUGUAACUCUAGGCAUGUGCUGCAGCAUAAGAAACAUAAUUCUGUUAAUGUGUGUUAACAAUUUUUUUUUUCUUGAAGACAAAAAGUAUGCCAGAAAUUUGAUUGUAUCCCUAAGGCAUACUUUAAAAUAUGUUCAUACAGUUACUGAUGCGUACUAAAAUACACUGCAUUAUCACAGUGAAUAUUUUGAAUUGGAAGAUGAAGGCCAAAGUCCUGUCCAGUUUUGUUACCUGAUUCUGCUCUUCUAGUCUUUGAUGGUAGGCAUAAAACUGUUCCUCUGAACUGCUCAUUUAACAUUUAUGUCAGCUGUGUACUCCUACAUCAUUUCCUCUUAAAUUUGCAUCAACUUUACCUUAACUGUUUUCCUAGCAAGCUGUUCCACUGGCCCAGCACUCUCUUCAUAGAGAGACACCUCAUAGCUCCAUCCUUAAUGUGCUUAUAUUUUUAGUCCUAAUAAACAUAAGUGGAUUCUUCUGUUCAUGUUAACAGUAAGAGUCUUACUGGUUAAUCCUGUGAA